AUGGGAGCCUCCACGUGGGCUACGUCCGCCGUCCUCGGCGUGGCUUUCCACGCCGCAAUCCAGACAUUCGAACUUGACUUUGUUGUUCCUCAGACUAUUGCAGGUCUCGCCGCCGUCUGGCUUGCCGGUCUGUACGUCGACGUUAGCGUCUUCCAAAAACCGAUUGCCGAAUCCGCAUCAUCCCUCGCCGUUGCUGCCGUCAUCUUUGUCGCGAGCUUGGCAGUGUCCACGGUUGUGUACCGCCUCUUCUUCCACCGGCUGCGCAAGUUCCCCGGCCCGCUCGGAGCCAAGGUUUCCAAGUUCUACGGCUGGUACAUGUCGCGUAACCUUCAGUACCAUUUCGAAGUCGAGAAGCUGCACAAGAAAUAUGGCGAUGUCGUGCGCACUGGUCCCCGCGAGCUCUCCAUUAACCGCAUCUCGCCGCUCAGCCAGAUCAUCACCUGCGGAAAGGGCAACUUCUAUGGCAUGGCCGAGACCAGAAUCGAGUGCCAGGGUCUUCCCUUCAAGAUGGAUCCCGAGGACCACCGCAGAGGAAGGAGGGCGUGGGAAAUCUCCAUGACCCCGCAACAGGUUGCCAGGUACAACCCUGCCAUGCAGGAGACCAUCUCGCUCUUUCUCAACCGCCUCGGCGAGCCCCAGUACCUCGGUAAGCCCGUCAAUGUCACCGACUGGAUCUCUUGGCUCGGUUACGACAUCAUGGGUGUUGUUGGCUUCGGCAAGGACUUCGACUGCCUGCGCAAGGCUACCGACCACGCUGCCAUCAAGCAAAUGCACGACUUUGGUUUCGCUCUUGGUCUUUUGAAGCACGUUCCGUGGUUGGGCAACGUCUUGCAACGCAUGCCUGGCGGCCAAGCCGCUAUGGAGCCCUAUGCGCGCUACUGCAGGGAUUUGGUUAGGGAGAAGAUGAAGGCUGUCCACAACUCCGAGGAGAAGCCUGAGGCUCCCACUGACGUCUUGGCCUGGCUCAUCCAAGCCUACGAGGAGAAGAAGCCGUGGGGCGCCCAGACCAUUGAGGCUCUCGACGAUGAUACCCGCAGUCUUGUCAUGGCCGGAGCUGACACCGCCACCGCCACCAUGACCAACUUCCUCUACUACCUCAGCCUGUACCCCGAGAUCCAGCAGGAGCUCUACGACGCCAUCGUCGAGCACGUCCCCGCCAGCGCCCUCGCCGACCCCGCCACCCUGACCCCGGAGAUGCUCGACCGCGUGCCCCUCCUGGAAGCCAUCAUCAACGAGACGCUCCGCCUGCAGCCCCCGAUCCCGUCCGGCAACCCCCGCGUCACCCCUCCCGAGGGCCUGUACGUGCGCGACGCCAAGUACGGCGACAUCAACAUCCCCGGCAACACCAUCGUCAUGAUGCCCCAGUGGUGCAUCCAGCGCGACGAGCGCUACUUCGGCCGCCCCACCGAGUUCCUGCCCACCCGCUGGAUCCCCGGCACCCCCGAGGCUCCUCUCCUGCACGACCGCUCCGCUUGGUUCCCCUUCCAGGUCGGCACCUACUACUGCGUCGGCCAGAAGCUCGCCAUGUGGGAGCUGAGGAGCGUUUUGGCUAGGACCAUGGCGAAGUACAAGGUUACCUUUGCUGAGGGCGAGGAUGGACAGAAGUUUAUCAACGGCAGUGGCGAUUGUUGGACCAUGACCCUGCCUGAGCUGAAGUUGGUGUUCAAGGAGAGGGGCAGCGCGUAG